AUGCCAGCACGCAGCAUUGUUCAAAUGACAUCGCACCGACCGCAACGCUUGCUUGUCGAGCUCGCCACCGAUCGCCAAUGGACGGACAUCCUCGGCAUCCUCGCGUCAAAAGCCAAAGUCCUCGACCUCAACGCCGUCGAUGGAAAGGGGCUCACGGCCUUCGCUCGCGCGUGCCGUUGUGGCCAGCGCGACGUCGUCAUCGCCUUUCUCAAACAGCCGACCAUUGACAUCUUUAUUGAAGAUCGAUCCGGUCUCACAGCGCUUGACUGGGCCAAGCGCGAAGGCCACGACGCCUGCGCCCGCCUCGUCGAGAGCGCAGCGUACGCUCAGGUCCACAGCAGCCACGAGCAACCGCUGCAAGCCGACGUCGACGCUCUCCACGGUGUGUUUGACGAGCAGCUUUUCGCCCGCGCCGUCCGCGUCGACGUUCCUUCGGCGCUGCGGAUGCUCGAUGCCUUUGUGGUCACACCCACGGUCCACAAACAUAGGUUUUCGAAUCUCCACGUCCUCUAUGGCCUCAAAGACGCCAAGACCAGCGCGCUCUACUCGAUUUUGAACGCGCAGCGCACGAAUCCCCACGGCACGUUCGCGUGUCUGGGUCAUGUGGCCGUCCAGCGCGUCCUCGAGAUCAAGUGGGCGCUCUUUGGUCAGCGCCGGUACAUCCACCAGAUCCUCGUCUUUGCACUCGUGCUCAUGGCCAUGACGGUCUCGGUGGCGACGGCGUAUGCGACUGCCAAGAUGCCCGAGGUCGCCAUCUACAAAGCUGCGUUCGAAUCCUGCCGCGGCAACGACACCUUCAACUCGUGUGUCUACGAUCGGUUUGAGCUCAUGAACUCGACCACCCAAGGGCAGCCUGACCGCGUGGCGCUCAACACGACUCUUUUGGAGCAGCACAACGCGACAUACACGACGCUCAUGCAGUACUCGGGCAUCCAGCUCCAGUUUGUACAAAUUGCGUGGGCUCCGUCUAUCUGCUUUGUCAUCGUUGGCCUCAUCUACGCCCAGCAACUGCAGCCGAUACGGCUCUGGCAGUGGACCCGCUACGCUCGCGAUGGCACGUGGGGGCCGUGCGACCCCAACGUGGAACUGCCACACUGGCCGCAGCUCCAGGCCGCCGCGAAACGCCUCCUCGUGCGCCGUGUACUGCUAUGGACGUGCGUCCUCAGCGCCUUCCCGAUUGUUUGUGCGGUGACCGCCAUCUUGCGGACGACCGAAGCUAUUCCACACUGGAUCAUCCCGAAUGGACGCCACGUUUACAUCAGCUACACGCUGCCGUGGCUGACCUGGUCAACGGCGACCGUGCUCUGGUGCGGCGUCCUCUACUUUCUUCUGUUGGAAUACCGCGAGCUGCGCUCCGAAGACCGGGCGAUCGAAGAGCGGCGCGAGAACUCCGAGGGGAUCAUGUGGGUGCUCUACACCCUCCUUUUGUUUGUUCUGCUGCCGUGGGCGACGCCGUUCUUGCGCCGGUAUCGCCGGUACUAUGCCUCGGGCUUCAACCUCUUUCAGCUCUGCAUCUUUUCGCUCGUGCUCUUGUACGUACCGCUGCACCUCAACUACGCCCACACGAACAAGGCGCCCGACCUCAACGACCCCGUGUACCAAGCCUAUAUCUGUAUUGGCGCGACCGCGACGCUCGGUCUCUGGAUGAUGUCGACGCAGUUUCUGCAGAUCCACCCCACGGGCGGGUACCUCGUGCCGCUUUUGAUGGACAUUGUGACCGACGUACGUGGCAUCGCGCUGCUGUUUAGCGUCGUCCAAUUGGGUUUUACGUGUGCGUACUACCUCCUCUUUCGGUGUUUGGCGCCAAAAUACGCAACGCUGUACGACUCGUUCUUUGCCUCCUACUUUGUGCUCUACGGUGGUCUCCAGCUCGACGACUUUACUGGCAAGUCGGGUCAAUACUUGAGGACGUACACGGUCGGCAACACGACAGCGUCCAAGCUGGUCAACGCCGUGUCGCCGUCGCUCGUGCCGCUGGGCAUCGUACUGCGCAUGGUUCAAGUCGCCAUGUACGUCGUCGUUCUUGCCAACCUCCUCAUUGCUAUGAUGAACAAGACGGUCGAAAAGAAGUGGGACACGACGGAGGCCCGCGCGGCCGUCAGCGCCGCCGAGUGCGUCCUCCGACUUGAACGCACGUCCAAGCAGACACUUGGUGCGCGGCAAGCCAUCAUGUACAUGGACCCACCCACGACGCCCUCUGAUCCGAUGCGGUGGGUCCGAUAUUGCUUGGGUUUGCGCCCAGCAGCAGCGAAUGUGGUCGUGACGCCGGAAUGCCUCCACCCACUCUUUACCGAAUACGUCUGGAAGUACGCGCUGCCGCCGCUGGACGCGCUCACCAACGACGACACAGACAAGACACUGGCCAGCACGUCUGUCGAUACCGAGCUGCAAACGCGUCUUCGGGACAUGCGAACCAAGUUUGAUCAAUUGGCCAGCACGCUGGCUGCCCACCGUGCAUAGUUUAUGUCACAUAACACUUUAACAUUGAGUGCCUUCUCAAGCU